AUGAAGGUUUUAUCUUCACCAGAGUCUCCCGGACAGAGGAGUGUGAGAAGGGUGUCGAAACCUCUGAUGGAAAAACGCAGACGGGAGCGAAUCAACCACAGUCUGGAGACAUUACGACUUCUGAUGCUGGAGAACACCCACAAUGAUAAACUGAAGAAUCCAAAGGUGGAGAAGGCAGAGAUUCUGGAGAGUGUGGUCCAGUUCCUGAAGUCAGAGAAGGAGGUGGACAGAGUCCUGUCCAGGGAGCAGACCUGUGCCCACCAGUACAACUACCAUGACGGCAUGAGGACCUGCCUGCUGAGGGUCAGCCGCUUCAUCGCCACCAAAGGCCAGGAGUCAGAGGAAACCGGCGAGGACACAGUUCAGGCUUCUUUUGCGCUCCCUGAGUCCCACACGCACCCUUCCUCACCCGAGCACAUCCACAAAGCACUGAUACCCGCUCCUGCUGGUGACCCGACUACUCUGGCUCCUCAGCAUCUGCCCCACCAUCACCUCCAGCACGGGAUCUCUCAUCCGUACCUGACCCAAAGGACUGGCCUCCACUGUGAGACCACGAAGCUGCUUUCCUCCACGGCAGCGUGCACGAACAUCAUUGAUCCUGUGUGGAGGCCCUGGCCUCAGUGA